GAUGAAACUACAUGGAUGUCAACCAGCAGUCAACAGGGUGCGGGGAGUCAGUAGAAGGUUUUCGCGUGCCCUGGAGAUGGGAAACCCUCGAACUGGCUCGAAGAAGAAGAACGAUGGAGCGGAGUCAGAGCUACACGCUGCCGCAAGAGCCGGCAAUCUCCGCGCAGUUGAAUCGAUUUGCAGUUCUGAUCCCAUCGCAGUCAAUUUCAGGGACAAGCAUUCUCGAACUCCACUUCAUCUUGCUGCUUGGUCCGGGCAUGCGGCGGUAGUAAGUUAUCUGUGCAAGAAUAAGGCCGAUGUAGGAGCCUCUGCCAUGGAUGAUACAGCUGCCAUCCAUUUUGCUUCUCAGAAGGGUCAUAUUGAAGUAAUCCGAAUCCUGCUAUCUUCGGGAUCGUCUGUGAAAUCUACCAAUAGAAAAGGCAUGACUCCUCUUCAUUUUGCAGCCCAAGCUUCACAUCUCGAAUUGGCCAAAUAUCUGAUCAGGAAAGGUGCAAAUCUCAACUCAAAAAACAGAACUGGUGAGACUCCUCUUGAUCUUAUUAAAUCCGAUGAAAUACGGUCAUUAGUCAUCGAAUAUGAGCAGUCUUUGAAGAACAGAGGUGAAUCAGAAAGAAGCGAGGCUGUCGAUGAGCUUCCACCGAAAAAACCAUCUGAUGCAGAAGAUGGCUUCAAUGAUCAUACUGAUGAUUCAUGUGAUGAGGUUGAUGCUGCUGCUGUGGAUGCAGAUGGGAGAAGGGAGAAGAGGAGAGGUGAAGAGAAUAUGAGUGAGGAUAGCCUUCCAGAAGUGAAGAGGCUCAAGGUUCCUCUCGCUCACCUUUUAGCUGAAGAUGACAUGGCGGAAGAGCUUUGAGUAAUGGUUUAUAAACUUUGUAACAAAAAAGAACUUUCGUGAGUUUUCAACAGACUAUCAGAGACCUUGAAUUAGUUUUCUUUUCAGAAGGUUCAUUGCCUUCAACUGCUUUACUGAUUGUUGUGCAUUUUUUUUUAUUGUACCCUUUACUUGCAUGAAGUAAUCGAGCUGCUUUAUCAUACAAUUCAAUAGUGUAAGAUACUUCGUCGCA